GUAGUCGUGAACAGACCCGACGGCUCCGACGUAUAUAAAGGUGUGCCCAAAGACCGAGCCGUAACCGGCGAUGACAUUACACCCGAGAGAUUUUUAGCAGUGCUUAAGGGAGAUAAAGAAAUGGCAGGAAAUAACUCUCUAGUGCUCGAUAGCGGGCCCAAUGAUCACGUAUUUGUUUAUUUAAUUGACCAUGGUGCACCUGAUCUGGUGAAUUUUGUCAAUGAUAAAAUACUUUACGCAGAGGACCUAAUUGCAACAUUAAAGCAAAUGCACCAGGAUAGAAAAUUUGCCAAACUAGUGUUUUAUUUAGAAUCGUGCGAAUCGGGCUCAAUGUUUGACAAACUGCUACCCAAUGACAUUAACGUAUACGUGACUACGGCAUCGGCACCCGAUGAGGAAAGCAACUUUUGUUGCUACGAUAAAUUCCGGCAUGCUGAUACUGGCUCAGCAUAUAGUAAUGCAUGGAUUGAAAAUACCGAGACGGUUGAUACUCUAAAGGAAACUCUACAGGAACAGUUUGAAUAUGUUAAAAAUAGAUCGUACAAGACUAAAACAGGUAGUGGUUAUCGUUACGAACAUACACAACAAUAUGGUGAUUUAUCAAUUGCCAAAUUACCUGUGUCACAGUUUUUAGGUUACAAAAAGCCAAAUAAACAUUUGAAUGUUGGCGAACUAGCCAGAUUUGAUAACAACUGCGAGGGUGUUAAUAAACGCGAUGUUGCCAUUUAUUUACUAGAGAAACAAAUUGUUAAUUCUGUGAACAACAUCGAGAAAUUAGGUAAUUCGGAGGUAGUGAUUAUUAAUCCAUACGUUUUGGGAAAAUUGCAAACAUUUGUGAAUAUUUGUGAAACAAUGCGUGAAUCGAGUGAUGCGGACAUCGCUGUCAACCAAUUAAUACAACACUGCAGUCAAUACACUAACAAUCAGUUUAUAAAUAUUUUAUAAAAUAAUAUUCAUGAAUACCUUAAUCAAAUAUAAUAAAU